UUCUUUCACCUGAAAGAAGAAAGACCAAUCUAAUUCUUGUGGACCAGCACUGAUAAUAUAAAGCAAUAGAUCUUAGUGUGUGAAUAACCUUCUUUUGGAUGCCUUUGGUUCAGUCUGACAUAUUUUAUGUGGUGAGAGUGUCUGUGGAAUGUCGGCAGUACCCACCCUGGCACACCGCGCCUCCCCCCGGUUCUGAUUGUCACUGUGGGAACUGUAGACACCGCAGCGCCCCGCCCGGUUACCUAGGAGACGCGUCCAGCUACUCCACGUGUUUCAUUUACUGCGGUGCGGUCGGGAGCAGCAUGGAUGACCACCUCCAGCCAUAGAGUUCUAUUCACUGAGCGCACGCGGCGCUAUGGAGGGAUCGCGGAACAGUCAGCGCAGCAGAGCAAAACCGCGGAGCAAACAAGAGAAGGACACGUCCAAACUGAGAGCGGCUUCUAGCCAAGAAGAAGGCAAACUAGCCAAGAAGAAGGAGAAGAUCUCCCGUACACCUAGCAAGAAGAGAGGUCACGUCUCCAGCACUCCAUCCACUGCAGAUGAAGCGGAAAAUACUAAGAGUCAACCAAAUAUUCCUCCAUCAUCAGAGCAGCAAGCAGCGACCAAAUGUGGCUUAAAAGACAGAAAAGGAACUGAAUCUGCCUGUGUAUCUACAAAAGUCCAGGAUGGUCUAGUAAAUGAGAGCUUGAGGUGGGAAGGUACUCUUGAAGAUCCUGUAGCAGAAGAAGAGAGGAUCCGCCAAUAUAAAAUCAACAGGCGAAAACGUUAUUUGUUGGCCACCCAGAAGUCUACCUUGGUAGAUAUCGAAAAGCCGCUCUCAGUAGGUCAAAACCAAAAUCAUAACAUUAAGGUUGAGAGCAGAAAUGUUGCCACUACAGAGAAUUCUGUGAAAUGUACAAGUGACUUAAAGCUGAGCUCUCCAGGAAUACAGUUGCCAUUGCUUAAAAACAUAUUGAAAAAUGGUACUUAAAAGGGUUUUCCAGGAAUCAAAAAACAGACCUUUUUUCUUUCAAAAAACUCUCUCUGUCUGUCUCCAGGUUGGGUUUGGUUCGACAGCUCAGUUCCAUUGAAGUGAAUAGAGCUAAGUUGUAAUACCAAACUCAAAGUGGAGACAGACAGUGCGCGUUUUUUUUUAUUCCGGGAUAAUCUCCUUAAUUGUAUAUAAAUGCUAGAGGGAUUGGACAAAAUAACUAGAACAGAACAUAGUCAAGUUUAACUCUUCCUGAUACACUUGCCAUCACUGGUAAGGUCAUCUUCUUCCCCCUAAGUUAUGUAGCUUGUAUCACUGUUGAUAAACUUUAUUACUUCUGUUCUAAAAAAAAUCUGUUUUUAGGGGCAUGAUCUGUCAGACAUGAGGGGAAUGAUUGCUGGGGCCCACCUGAAAAGGGCUACGGUAUGUGUGUGAGUUGAUGGAUGUAUCGAGGUCUACUGUUUCCUUGAUCACAUCUUAGGAUGCGAAUACAGGCAAAACAUCGGCAGACAGAAGUAGCUGUGGUCAAAAUCAAAGCUUGACGCCAGAGACAAAAGAACAAUUUGCUGAAUUGUAGCCCAAAAUAAAAAAACACUAAACUGAAGCCACUUAAACUGCUGAAAAAUUGAAUGCAAGGUUAACAGAGUUCUGUAGUGAAAGAUAACUUAUCCCCUAUCCAAAGGAUAGGGCAUAAGUUAUAAAUCGCAGGGGGUCCCAGCGGUCGGACCCCCGCAAUCUAUAACUUAUCCUCUAUAAAAAUCAAUAUAAAAUCAACAGGCGAAAACGUUAUUUGUUGGCCACCCAGAAGUCUACCUUAGUAGAUAUCGAAAAGUCGCUCUCAGUUGGUCAAAACCAAAAUCAUAACAUUAAGGUUGAGAGCAGAAAUGUUGCCACUACAGAGAAUUCUGUGAAAUGUACAAGGGUCUUAAAGCUGAGCUCUCCAGGAAUACAGUUGCCUUUGCUUAAAAACAUAUUGAAAAAUGGUACUUAAAGGGGUUUUCCAGGAAUAAAAAACAGACCUUUUUUCUUUCAAAAAACUCUCCCUGUCUGUCUCCAGGUUGGGUUUGGUUCGACAGCUCAGUUCCAUUGAAGUGAAUAGAGCCAAGUUGUAAUAGCAAACUCAAAGUGGAGACAGACAGUGCACGUUUUUUUUAUUCCAGGAUAAUCUCCUUAACUGUAUAUAAAUGCUAGAGGGAUUGGACAAAAUAACUAGAACAGAACAUAGUCAAGUUUAACUCUUCCUGAUACACUUGCCAUCACUGGUAAGGUCAUCUUCUUCCCCCUUAGUUAUGUAGCUUGUAUCACUGUUGAUAAACUUUAUUACUUCUGUUCUAAAAAAAAUCUGUUUUUAGGGGCAUGAUCUGUCAGACAUGAGGGGAAUGGUUGCUGGGGCCCACCUGAAAAGGGCAUCUGUGACUACGGUAUGUGUGUGAGUUGAUGGAUGUAUCGAGGUCUACUGUUUCCUUGAUCACAUCUCAGGAUGCAAAACAUCGGCAGGCAGAAGUAGCUGUGGUCAAAAUCAAAGCUUGACGCCAGAGACAAAAGAACAAUUUGCUGAAUUGUAGCCCAAAAUAAAAAACACUAAACUGAAGCCACUUAAACUGCUGAAAAAUUGAAUGCAAGGUUAACGGAGUUCUGUAGGGAAAGAUAACUUAUCCCCCAUCCAAAGGAUAGGGCAUAAGUUAUAAAUCGCAGGGGGUCCCAGCGGUCGGACCCCCGCAAUCUAUAACUUAUCCUCUAUAAGUUAUUUUUCACUGCACUAGUCCUUUAAGAGUACCAGUAUCAGUUAAAACUGUAAGGCCUGCAAUACACAAAGAUAUAUUUUGUGGUCACAAUUCAUGUAAAAGUGCUGUAUUGAUCCUCUGCCUGAUAUCCCUCAGAUUGCUGCCUUUAAGCUUCAAGGGGUCACUAGCUUUAAAUAUUUAGGAAUAUAUAUUACCCCCUCCCUUAAUGAAUUUGUUCCUCGCAACCUGACCCCUCUCCUGGACAGGAGUUCUCAGAAAGUGGCAGUCUGGUGUAAGCUUCCAAUCUUGGUGGUAGGCCGGACGAACUUGGAAAAAAUGUUAUCAAUUGUUGUAUGUUUUCCAAAAUUCCCCAGUGUGGAUUGCGAUGGCCAAUUUUCAGCAAAUUCAAGAGCUUUUUCGGAAAUUGGUCUGGUGGGGGGUCGGCCAGAAUUAUAUUGGAAACACAGCAAAGAGGAAAGUCUUCAGGAGGCCUAGCCCUUCCGGACCCUUGGUUGUACUACCUUGCCUCACAAUUGUAUCAACUUAGGGGUUGGGCGAAUACUCACACAGCUACAGGUCAGUUGUUUAUGGCUAAGCAUGGGGGUCAUGUGCCGCUGCACAUGCUGGAGAUUGGUGCCCUUACUAGAACUGACUCCUCUCCGACUACCCUGCUCUUAUGUAAGCUUUGGGGUCACACGCCUAUGCUGUUGGGUAUUACAGGUUGCACUAAAGUCAAACCGUUGUGGCAUAACCCUGGCUUGCCUGAUUUUUUUACUCUUUUGUAGAUGCAGGCUUUUUGGAGAGAAAAGGACUCUGUAGUCUGGAACAACUGGCUGCUCAGGGUGUGGUCAGGUCUUUUGGGGACCUACAGGAGAAGCUUGGCUUGCCACAUUUUAUCGGUAUUUGCAGUUACGGUAUGUGUAUGAAACUCAAUGUAGGUCCCAUUUGCUGCCCAUUCACUCCAGUGGGGUCCUGGACUCAGUGGUUAUGAUACGGGCAUCGGCCGGGAUCAUUUCAUGGCUAUAUGGGGAGCUGUUGUGUUUCCAUCAUGAGAAGUUCCCUUUGACUGUCCGUAGUAAGUGGGAGAGGGAUCUUGGUGACUUAAUUGACGAGGAAUGGUCUACUGUGUUAGCGCUUAAUCCAUCUCUAUCAUUGUCAGAGUCUAAUAAGUUGUCUAUGUUAUGUCUCCUACACAGGGUAUAUAAGACUCCUACAUAAGAUUGGGGUUUUAUCUGACUCUGCCUGUCCUCGGUGGUAGGUUGGAAGCCCACUUGGUGCAUGCUGUGGGACUGCCAUCUCUUAGAUGCUUAUUGGAGUGACGUGCUACAUCUUAUCAGGACGGUUUAUGGUGUGACAUUGUCUUGGAUCCCGAAAGUGUGUCUGCUAGGCCUCAUCGGCUGUGGUCAGGAACCCUCUAUGGUGGAGAUAGGUAUAUUACGAGUUCUGUACCAGGCUUGGAAACUGAUUGCGCUGGCUCGGAUUAGGCCUACCCCUCCAGCAGUGGCUGAUUUGAUUGCUCGUGUUCAGUUCAUAGUUCGAUUGGAAAAGGGGAUAUACAUUAAGCGUAAGGUUGAACGUAAGUUCAAGGGGUCCUUGGGUGUAAAAGUUCGACCCCCCUGGGGCUGUGUUGUAGGCUCUUGUUUCACUCUUCCCCUCUAUUUCCUGAGUUGGUUCUUGUGUAGUGUGAGGUGUGUGUCCUAUUCUGUCUUUGUAGUGGAAGUAUCCCUACGGAAUGGCUGGUUUGUUUGGAAGUGUCCUUCUGAUUGAUCCUACUUGUUUGAGAGGAGGCUGUGUCUUUCAUGCUUGCUAUUUUGUACAGAUUUGAUAUUUACUUGCUUUGUUAUGCUGGUUGUGGUCUUUUCAAAAGGGGGGCUGAGACAAACUGUUUGUGUGGGAGUUGGGUACUGUUAGGGGUGGGGGGGGGUGCGGCUUGUGGGUUGUUUUUUUUUCAAUAAAAUAAUAUCUCAUUUAAAAAAAAAAAAUACUGUAUUGUUUCCUGCAUCAAGCUUUGACUUUGAACCACAGCUACAUCAGUAAAAAUAGGGAACUUCUUGUUAUUUUGUCUAACUCUUGUGUAUUGACAGCGGGCUAAAUGACAUCUAAAAAAAUAAAAGGGAACUGGGAAAAUGUUAGCAUGAUUUUGGUGUUUUAAAAAUGUUUUUUUUUUUACUCGCUAUGUAUAUGUUAUGCAGAUUUUUAUGCUUUCUUUAUAUGCUGUACAGUUGCACAGAUAUUUUUGUAUAUUGUAAGUUAUGCUAAACUGAUUAAAAGAAAGAAGCAUAUCAUUCCUUUUCAUCGAGC